ACUGAUUAAAACAGAAGAAGAAGAAGAACGAAAGCUGCGCAGAAAGCUGCGUAGUUGCCGUUUCUUCAAUCAUGAACGAUGGAGGCGAAUGUUUUGAUGGAGUCUAAGGACUAAAAUAAGCUCCGCUUUUGUGGUGUAAAUCACAGCUACUGCUUCAACCGAUGUCAUAGUAUGUACAGUAAGAGAUCUGAGAAGAAUUUAGUUUGACCGAGCACGAAAGGGCCGGUUAGCUAACAUCGUUUGCUGCUGCGGCCUAGCUAACGUUAGCUAACGUUAGCUUACUUUAGCUUGCGUUGUUAAGUUGGGACAGACAUCAUUUAAUGAGCUCACUGCUCGGCUCUAUUUCAACCUGCUGUGUUUUCUUCAUACUACCGCUCCAUCGAGACUUAUUCCAUUAUCUUUGUAGUUAUAUUUAUCGAAGAUUAUCGUACCUUUUAAUAUAAGAUAGUUCGUCGGAAAGUGUGAGCAGCUUCUUGAGAGAACAACCCCAGGGGAAGUGGUUAUCCAUGACCAAGAGUUCCUGCAGAAUAAUAUUAUUUAAUACUGUCAGCAAAAAUGUCUUUAGUCGCCUAUGGCAGCAGUGAUGAUAGUGACUCAGAAGAAACAUCAACUUCUGCCGCACCGGAGGGCAAAGUCAGCGCAGGAGGGCUCUUCUCACGCCUGCCUGCUCCUAAAAAGCCAGGAUCGACAGGAGGAAGCGGUGGACCAAGAAAGGAGACGAAAGCUAGCCGUUCACCGGUGGACAGCACGUCAAACAACGACCCAACGUUAGAGCCACAGUCAUCCAAAGGAGGCUUAUUUUCUAGUCUGCCUAAGCCGAGGAAGCGAUCGGAGCCCGUCAAGAUCACUGUACCGCAGAUCCAGAGACGGGAUUCCGACUCUGACGAUGACGAUGCACCAGCGAAGAAGAAACUACAACCUCAGGGUUCAGGCCUUUCCUCCCUUCUACCACAACCCAGAAACCUGACAGUGAAGGGGAUGGACAGGCUCCUGAUUCCUCACACACUCAGCAAGCGCCAGGAACCAAAAGGACCCAAGCCUGGAAAGCCUGCUCAGGGUCUGCUUGGUUCUAGUGCAUCUCCCUCGGCUAUCAAAGCCGCGGCGAAGUCAGCCACCCUGCAGCUGGCUCGACAAGUAGCCACCGAUGUUCAGGAUUGCGAGGAGGACAUAACCCCGCAGAACUACUUUUCUCUUGGCGAGAGCUCCGAGCCUCUUCCUGCAGUCGUCCCGAGCUUAGACCCUGAGCCAGGAGGCCCUGCGGAACCUCUUGCACCUGCACCUGCACUUGCACCUGGAGCUGCACCUGCACUUGCAGUUGCACUUGCAGUUGCACCUGCACUUGCACCUGCAGUUGCACCUGCAGUUGCACCUGCAGUUGCCAAUGAGCCGGGUCAGUCAGAUGCCCCUCUCGACUUUGGGGGGAACCAUGAGGGAGCUGGUCCAUGGGGAGGUCAAUAUCCUCAGUAUCAACAGCCCAUAGCAGGCCCAGAAGCUCUCCCUGAGGGAUACUAUGAUGAGACAUACUACCAAGAUCCUGAAACCGGAUCGGCAGAGGCUGAAGAGCCUGGCAACUCUGCCAUGUUUGACGAUGAAGCGUUCAUGCGGCUGCAAGGGAAACGGAACAGAGGCAAAGAGGAGGUGAAGUUCCUGGAGAUCAAAGGAGACGACCAGCUAAGUGGCAACCAGCAGUGGAUGACAAAGAGCAUGACGGAGGAGAAGCAGACCCGUCAGUCCUUCAGCAAGAAAAAUAAAGAACUGCCUACAGGACAACAGCGACGCAAGCAUCAGAUAACGUAUCUCAUUCACCAGGCAAAGGAACGCGAGUUGGAGCUGAAGAACAGCUGGGCAGACAACAAGCUAACCCGCCGGCAGACACAGGCCAAAUACGGUUUCUAAAUGUCAUACUGUGGACUCUUGGCAUGUGGAAACCCUGCAUCAGAAAGUAGAGUAGAGCUUUCCACAUUUCCCUACACACUUGUGGAAGAUUUGUGUUUGGGAAGACACUAUACACACACACACACCCUUAAUACAGAUUUUCUUUCCCUCCUGUAUUUGUGUUGAAUUGUUAUUAUCCAGUAGUUAUUUUUGUCAACUGUUUCAUAAAGUGUUACUUUUGUACGGAAAAAUCCAGCCAGUCGUUAAUCUUCCUUUCACAGUAAAUAUAGGCUCUCUACCUACAAAUGAAGAUACAACAGUGUUUGUAGGGUACUCAGUCCUGUUCAUGCAGCGAACAUUUAUGUACGACUCCUGUUUUGUGAUGGAAUACAAACGACUCCACAAAACGGGUUUGGUUCUCUGGCAGUCACACAAAUGAUAGUGACACGUUGCCUUCCAUAAUGAGAAAUGAACCAGAGGCAGUAGAAAGCUGUGGUGCAUCACAUAUUUUGUAAAAACGAAUAAAGAUGUUCACAAUGACUGAAAUUGUCCACGUCUGCCGCAGUUAUUUUAUCCCCAAUUUGUAAUUUACCUCUUGUUUUUUUGCAUUUAAAGCUCAACCGACUUGUGAACGAGCACACCUGCAUCGACAUCCGUUCUGAAGUUGGUUUACGUAAAUGAAUUGCCAGAGAACCAAACAUGUAUUUCACUUCCAGCUGGUUCUUUUAAAACAGGACCUUCAUCUCAGUUUUACCCGGCUGCAUCCAGCAUGCAUCUUACAGAUUUAGUAGUUGUCUGCUAAAUCCCUAUGACAAGUCUUUUUUUAGUAGUGUGUGACUGGCAGUGAGGCAACACAUUUAGCCUCUUUACGCUACCCUAAAUAGCGAUCACAUUAACUUCCAAGUUUUUUUUUUUAGGUGGUUAAGAGGCUGUAACUGUACGUCUCUCUGCUGCUCCAGUCACAAGAAGAUUCUGCUGUUUAAAUGAGUGUGUGUGUGUGGCUUGUCCUCUGCCAGUAAGCUGUUAAGGGAAACUAUGAACUGUUCAAUGUGGUGAAACAAAAAUACUGCCAAUCUCUCCAGCUUUGGAGAAUAUUGCAGAUUUCUGCCUUUUCUCUUGUAUUGAUGUACAGAUCGUUCUUGCACAAAUCUUUCCCAUCCUGCAAAGAAGCCUUUUAAAAUAGCCUUUCACUGAAGCAAUAACGUUUAUUCUGGCUUUCAUUGUUUCCUCCUUUAAGAAAGCAAUGAUUAGUCCACCCUGCAUCAAUACUUUUUGUUUUCCAAGCGGAAAAAUAGAUUACAAAUGUAAACUCAUGAGCCAGGUUGCUCUAUUAGACAUCGAUUUUUGUAGAGAGCGUCGUAUGUAAACUGUGUCUAGGUGUGGUGGCGAGAGCUCCAUAGUUUUCCACCAUUACUGCACCAACACAGGCACAACCUGACCUGCCUCAAAACUGACAUUUGGCAGAAACACCAGCAGUCCAAGAAUCUCGUUUGCUUCCAUACUUCGUAGUUUUGUUACAUGUACCGCCUGUAGAGCCUGAUUCAGGGCAUAUUUACACACAGACAGCCCAAAGCAAGUAGCUGACCGUCUGAACACAUACCCUCACACAUUAUCUAAGACAGGAAUAUAAAUUAAAGAGCUUAAACUUAUGCAAGUUCCAUGUUUUUUUCUUCUUCCGUGACAGCUGUUGGACAGUGCAAAGAGUGCUUGGAUGAAAUAACAUUUCCAUAAAACUAAGCACACAUUCAUGCUCUCCUUCUGUCUCAAGACCCAAACAUUAACCUCAGCAGGUUUCAUGAACAGACUGACAAAGCAUACUACUGAUUCAGUGACAUGUUUGAUGCCAGUGCUGGGAAAAGUCUUCUUUUUUUUUUUCUUUACCCUAUACUUUUGUGCAUGUUGUGCAGUUAAAAUUGAAAGAAUAAAUAUUUUGCCUUUUCUGGCUCCAUUCCUCUGAAUGUAACUGGGUGGUUUGAUGUCACGAUGAUGCAGGUGUUAUAUACGGUAACAUUACAAAAGAUCAUUUAGGGUUCAUGUGUAGUAUAAAGUAGUCCACUUAUUGAACUAAUGGCAUUAAUAAUGACGCAGACAACGGUUUUGAUUCAUGUAUAAUGUGUAUUAUAAGUAAACAAUCUCCAUUGUA